AUGAAGAGAACCAAGGUCGCCGCCAUGGUUCACAAGUCAACCAUCGCCAGAAUGUGGACAGACAUAGACAUUAUCAGGUGUGAUGCUGUUGGGGUUUUGGGACUUUUUCCGGAGCAAAAGCUUACAGCUGUUAUACGAAUGUUGACGUAUGAAGCAUCUGCGAAUCAGGUUGAUGAGAUUACCCGGAUGGGGAAGUCCACUACGUUGGAGGCUUUGGUAAGAUUUUGUGUUCCAGUUGAAACUCUGUACACUAGGAACUACCUGGGUAGACCUACUCCCAAGAACCUCCAACGGCUUCUACAAAAAGCCGAAGCUCAAGGAUUUCCAGGAAUGAUUGGUGAUUACGGAAAUAGAAAAUGCCAAAAAAGUAUCAUCCUUGAAGCCGUUGCUGGCUUCGACAUAUGGGUUUGGCAUGCCUUCUUCGGAGUUCCCGGAUCCCAAAAUGACCUCAACGUACUGGGUCAAUCCCCAGUCUUCAACGAUGUUUUGAGAGGCCAAGGCCCUGAUAUCACCUAUCAAGUCAACAAUACAGUCUACCAGACGGGGUAUUAUCUAGCUGACGACAUCUACCCGAGGUGGACCACAUUUGUCAAAUCCAUUCCGAAUCUCCGAUCCCAAAAGCAAAAAUUAUUUGCUACCUAUCAAGAAGGAUACAGGAAAGAUGUCAAAAUGUGUUUUGGCAUUCUUCAAGCUCGGUGGUUGAUUAUUCGAGGUGCGGUCAGUAUGUUUGAUAAGGAGAUCCUCAGAAGCAUUAUGAUUACUUGCAUCAUCCUACAGAAUAUGAUUGUGUAUGAGUACGAUUAUGAUGAUGUAGAGGUCUACGAACCAGAUCUCAUGAACACAGUCUUGACACGAAUUUAUGAAAGACCCAUGGGGCCAAGUGGAGAACCGUUUGAGCCGGAAUCGUUGGUGAGGGAUGGUCGUUUCAUGACCCGAAUAAUAGAUCGAUAUACAGAGAUGCAAUCUUCGUAUAUUCAUGAAAUGCGUCAACUUGACUUGAUUGAGCAUUUAUGGGUGGUGAAAGGCAAUGAAGAUGAAUGA